AUGCUCCGCCACAGGCUUUCAGAUGCCGCUGUGGAUUUUGCCUGCUCGGCUAGCACCAACUCCAUCUCUCCGACAAGCAUAGCGCAAGCGCAACGCAGAUUUUCGUCUCAGCACUCGCCCGGAGCCACAGCCGCCUUACCUCUGCAGGACGACGACUCGGAUUCGGGUCUCGACCACCUCCUGUUUGGCGUCGUCACAUCGCCAUCAGCCCGCGAUGAUGGAAGCAAUUCCUUCCCGCCGCCGUCUGAUUCGGUCCCCUCUAUGCCGCUGUCAAAGUCUCGGGAUAGCGACGCAUCCGUCGCCCACAGCCUUGCGGCAAUCAUUCCGCCGGAGAUUGAUGACCUGUUACUCGGGGCAUACCGCGAUAGAGCCCAGGCGCAGUACCCUUUUUUCCACUGGAGUACAUUUCUGACGUGGGUAUCAGGGUGGAAGACAUGCCCACCGUCCGAGUUAGCAUCCCGGGCCUGGCAAGGCUUCUUCGUCAACCUCGUCUACGCCACGGCUCUACUUCUCCUGGCCGUGCCGCGUGUUGGCCAGUCGGACGCACGGUCAUUUUACCGGAGUGGCUUAAGUCUCCUUCCUCAUGUUUUUCGAUGCAAAGACGAGAUUCUCCACGUUCAGGCGCAUCUCCUCUUGAGCAUCAAUUCGCUUCACCGAAGCUCGACGCCGCGCAUCCUAUCGUUAUCAUCGACAACUUUGCGCUUCUGCGUCCAGCAGCAGCUACACCUCGCCGAGAUGGAACCUGUGCCGACUACGCCGACAACCAGGCUGAAGAACCAGAUCCGACGCCGAUGUUUCUGGUCAGCCUACUGCAUAGACCGCCUCAUUGUGGCCUCCUUUGAGCUACCCCCGUCCCUGUCCGACUCCAUGAUCAGCACCAAGUUAUACAACAAUAUUGACGAUGAAGACCUGGAGGCAGUGGCCGCCAGCACUCCCGUCGGUGAGGAGAUGCCCGAUGCCCCGGUGUACACGUGCGUGUCGCCUUCCCUCUACGUCCUUCAAUGCCGUCGGAUCCAGUCAGAGAUAUCUGGCUAUACUCUCCGGUACGACUACAGGGAGAACUAUGAGGAGUCUUCGGAGUGGCGCGUUAGGAUCCUCAACGAGCUGCAAGGCUACAAGUCACGCGUUCAGAAUUUCUCAAACCCCGAGUCCAAGGGACACGCAUCGCAGAGGUGGCUCGGCAUGAUAUAUCACUACACUCUUCUUCUGCUCUAUCGCCCUACCAAGGCGAAUGUGAUGGGUGCGGCAGGUGACUGGGCAAUCCAGGCUAGUAGCCAGGCCUGUCUCAUCUUCCGGAGGAGCCAGAUGGACCGCCAGAUUGCCCAAGGCUGGGUUGGGCUCUUGGUGCAAUUCCAAUCCGGUGUCACCUUGCUCUACUGUUGCUGGGCCACGCCGCCCGAAUAUCGCACAGAAAACUACGACUCACCUGAUGUGUCGGAUGCUUUGCGGGCUUGCUCAAACAUACUGGCCAUCAUGGCUGACCCGGUCGCCCCGACGGUCAAUCUUAGCGGCAGCUGCCGCGCCAGCACCAUUGAGGAGGGAAACGCCGACGACGACACGAGAGGGGAAACCCUCAAUGCCAUCACAGCUACCGCAAGCGGGGAUACCGUCUGA